AUUGUCGAUACUCGAAGUGGAUUUCUUCUUGUGGAAAUGGGCUUCAUUAUACCGUGUGUAGUACUGUUUGUGUGGGUCUUUGUUACAGGCUCGACGAAUGCUCAGAGUUCCGACCCAUGUGAGACCUACCAAGAGGUGAGUGAGACAGACACGGUUCACGAGAUUUACUUCCGUAAGAAGGCUCUGAUCGACAACAAUGAACGGGGGUGUGACGUCCUGACACCCACAGACAAAUGGUACCGCCCUCGACUAGGACGUUCCAUCGACUUGAGCACGUCGUGCGCAGAUCGGGUCAAGUGUGGCACCAUCUACCCCAUAUGGAUGGCAGAGUCGAUCCCGGAAGUGUCAGACGGGGUUGUGAACCGGACCGUGUGCAGACGAGCGUUGGGCGACUGCUGUGCACGUGACUGGACAAUACAGGUCAAGAACUGCGGACACUACCGAGUGUAUCGUCUGUCACCGGUUGACGUCUGCCCGGCAGCCUAUUGUUUUGCCCCGCCUGAAGUGGAGAAGAAGAGCAUGCUGAUGGAUCACGUGAUCAUUGCUGGCGCCGGAGCAGUAAUCAUCCUUUCGGCAAUCUCCGUGACAGCAGCGUGCCUCUACAGACGUCGCAAGAUCAAGCUGAUGAGAAACAAGUGGGUGUACCGACGACAGGAAAUACGUCAGCUAGAAGGAAGCGCUCCGUACAUCGUGGGACAGAAGGAAAUUCCGGACAAACUGCCGGGUUUGUUCUCGACCACGCUCGAUGGACCUCCUAGCCACCGCCCGGACACACCGCGUGCUUGGGAAAACGUCAUGUCAGAGAAAAAGAAAGUCCCGCUCUAAAACUAAACAAACACACUUUCACUAA